AUGAACCUGGUCUCAGACAUGCCAGCCCCAACGUUCUCGGCAGCCACCCAGCAUGGUCGCUUUCUCAUGCCAGCGGAAAGCGCGCGCCACUCACAUACAUUGAUGGCUUUCCCCAGCAGGGAGUCGGCCGAAAGCACAGAGCACCUGGAAGCACUGCAAAUCGAAGUAACGAACAUUGCCAAUACUAUCUCCCGGUUCGAACCCGUCCAUCUCUACGCCAAAGAGGAGCUCAUCCCAGAGGCAAAGUCCAUGGUGAAGGCAGGUGUCUCCGUAAAGCCGGCUACAGUCAGCGAACUCUGGAUCCGUGACAGCGGACCAGUCUUUGUACAAGACCUUUCCACAGGCAAACGGACAGCUAUCAAGUUCAACUUCAACUAUUGGGGCGGCAAACUUCCCUCCAUUGGCGACGAGAACAUCGCUUCCCAGAUCGCUGCCCACGCAAAUGAACCCUCAGUGGCUUCAAAUCUCACACUGGAGGGAGGCGGCAUCGAGCACGAUGGUGAAGGCACCUUCCUCGGCACGGAAAGUAGUAUCAUCAACGACAACCGCAACCCGGGUCUCUCCAAAUCCGACGUCGAAGCCCGGCUCAGAGACCUGCUUGGAGUUAGACAUUUCAUCUGGAUCCCUGGCGUCAAAGCCUACGACAUCACAGAUUACCACAUCGACGCGCUAGCACGUUUCACGUCACCCGGCGUCGUUCUUCUGAGCAAGCCCGGCCGGAACGCUCAUCCCACCGCCGUCGACGUCUACAACUCCGCGCUCUCUAUUCUGAGGGACACGAGAGAUGGAAAGGGCCGUGCGCUAACAGUACACGACUGUGAGGAACCAGAUAUCACACAGCUCGGACCACCAGACAAGCACAACGAAGUCAUUGGAUCGUAUGCGAAUUACCUGCUUGUCAAUGGAGGCGUCGUCAUGCCCAAAUUCGGGCAGGAACGGCAGGAUACUGCAGCCCUUGAGUUGUUCAGAAGGCUGUUUCCCGAACGGGAGGUAGUGCAGGUGCCGAUCAACAUUUUACCGAGGACGGGCGGCGGCAUCCAUUGUGCAACACAGCAGGUUCCAGAGAUCUGA